UAGACUCUUUAAUUACAUGAUCUAGAAGCUAGAUGUCAAGGUUGAAUGUCGCUGCGAAGAAGCUGCAAAACGAUUACGCGUCGAAAUUCGAAUGUGCUCGGGCUUUGUGGUCUGAAUGACUAAGUCGAAUGCUCGAAUUCGCCUCUUCCCACUUGCUAUUCGAGCACAUACCAUCUUAUCAAGCAUAUAUCGCUGCUCGUAUACAUAUAACAAUAUACCGACUAGCAGAAGGUGUCCUUCGUCCAGCAUCUUCGUUGCUUCGCGAUUCUCGGUCCCCUGUCAUCCUUCCCCGAAAUUCCAUCCUCUACGGUAGAUACACUCAGCGGCACCUUGCAUCAUCAUGGCGACAACCCGAAUCGAGACCGCUAGCCCGAGUGGAUCUAGGAGGACGUCGGAUGAGAUGCUUUUCAUCGGUCAGAGGUGUUCUCACGAUGCAUGCAAUCUGGUAGACUUCUUACCGCUCAAGUGUCAAUACUGCCAUCAACCGUUUUGCGGCUCCCACUUCUCCCUUUCAACGCAUACAUGUCCCAAUCGACCACCCGAAUACACUCUCAACCGGGUCGCCCCGCUCUGCCCACUAUGCUCAACCCCGAUCUCGGCUCUUCCAGGGGAAGACCCCAACAUCCCAAUGGAACGGCAUAUCGGGUCCGAGUGCCGAGGAAAGGAAGAGAGAAAGGACGAGCUGAGGAGGAAGAGAGAGAAGGGUGAGGUGUGUUGGAAGAAAGGAUGUGGGAAGGUCUUGUUCGCCAAGAUUCGGUGUGAGGCCUGCAAGCAUGAUUUCUGCGCACCGCAUCGAUACCCCAAUCAACACGUCUGUCCCUCCCUCUCAUCCUCCUCGAGCUCAACGACCCCGCCACCUACAGCCAAACAGAGUCAGCUCGACUCGAAGCUGGCCGGAGUCAACAGCUCGAACCCCCUCUUAGCUAAGCUCCGAGCUAAACAGGCCGGUGGGAACGCCGCCGCCUCGUCAUCGUCUAUCAAACCUGGUACCACGAAUACCAAAUCUCCAGCGAUAUCCACCGCCACCUCGUCGAAUACCAAAGCUGGAGUGAGCAGCAAUUCCUUGACGCACCUUCCCUUUGGAGCUAGACGGGAUGCGGCAUUGGCGGCUAUGAAGCGAUUGGGACAGUCAUCGAACACGACAUCGACGAACGACUCCUCGUCUUCAACCUCGGCAGCUGGUGUGGGGAAGCCGAUAGGAAGCGGGGAGGAUAAGAUGGAUAUGGCGAGCAUGAAACGAAAGUUCCAGUUGGGUCCAUCCACGACGGAUAAGCAAGCGGCCGCAGAACUAGCAUCUAUAUUUAAAUCUCUAGAGAAUCGACAUAAGAAGGGACUUCUCAACGAGACUGAGAAGGUGCGGUAUGCGGAGAUGUGUGCCGAGAAGGAAAAGGCUCGACGGAUGGGUGGGAGCAAGGAGGGGGAUUGUGUAAUUUGUUGACACUGUUACUGAGAGGGCGGAGAGGAGGUCAGAUAGAGAGUGCAGUUUGAGGAAAGCAUUAGAUCAUAUAGAUUAUACCCAGCAUCGUUCUAUUAGCAUGUCCAAGGUUCA